CUCCUAUUCUGCUGACUGCGACUGACAACAGUGCCCUGCUUCUCUGGCCGAUCCAGAUAACCGUUUUGAUGUAUUGCUGGAUGGAUGGGAUUUGCACUGCGCAGCAGUCCCGCUGAUACAAAAAUGCCUUUAAGAUCCUGCCUUUCCCAUCCUAAUCUACAAAGGAAACAGGAAAAAGGAACUUAAACUCCCUGUACUCAGACAGCACCGAGACUGUUCCAGCCUGCGCCAGCGCUAUGAUUUCUUGCCUGUGACCUGUAAACACUGUACCAUGCUAGAGAAGCAUCACCAGUAAAUAUCUGCCCCAAGGAAAGGAAACUCCAUGAGCGACUGUAAGAACUGGAUGGAUAUAUUUUGGAAAGCAUGGACCCUUUAGCACAUCUGGUUCUCUAUGGAUUCAGCCUGAUGAUUUCAGGUAAAGUGGAAGCGACACUGGACCUCAUACUGAUCAAUUCAUUCCCUCUGGUGGGCAACUCAGAGACAUCACUUAUCUGUAUCACUUCCAAAUGGCGCUCCCGUGAGUCUAUCACAAUAGACCGAGACCAGGAGGAUGUGACAAACCAGCACCGGGAACCACUGGAAGUUAAUGAAGAUUCCAAGAGACCAACAGCCAAAACAGUGGUGUGGAAGAGGGAACAGGCCAGUGAAACUAUUGGAGCCUAUUACUGUGAAGGGAAACUCAAGGAUGAGGUGACAAGGAUACAUACCAUGAAGAUGCCGCUGGGAGCUUCAUUCCACCCAGUGGCAUUAACUGUUACAGCAAAUAAGGGAGAGCACGUCAAUAUUUCCUUCAUCAGAAUGGCAGCAAAAGAGGAAGAUGCAGUGAUCUACAAAAAUGGUUCCUUCAUCCACUCUGUGCCCAGGCAUGAAGUGCCAGGGGAACUGGAAGUCUCCUAUCCUCAGGUUCAACCACAGGAUGCAGGGGUUUACUCUGCCAGAUAUAUAGGAGGAAACCUCUUUACUUCUGCUUACACAAGGCUUAUUGUAAGACGAUGUGAAGCCCAGAAAUGGGGCCCUUCCUGUAGCUCCCAUUGCCCUUCCUGCAUGAACAAUGGCAUUUGUCAUGAAGAUACUGGGGAAUGCAUCUGUCCUCCAGGUUUUAUGGGAAAAACAUGUGAGAAAGCUUGUGGAGCCAAUACAUUUGGCAAAACAUGUGAAGAGAGCUGUAAGGAAAACUAUGGCUGCAGAAACUAUAUGUUCUGUCUACCGGAUCCAUAUGGUUGUUCUUGUGCCACAGGAUGGAUGGGGCUGGAAUGUGAUAAAGAAUGCAACCCUGGUUUUUAUGGGUCGGAUUGCAAACUCAAAUGUAAUUGUCACAAUCGAGGGACAUGUGACAGAUUUAAGGGCUGCGUCUGCUCCCUUGGAUGGCAUGGUCUGCAGUGUGAAAAAGAAGGUUCAGCAGAUCUUUCACCUCAGAUAGAAAACUUACUAGAUCCUGUAGAACUCAAUUCUGGUGUUGAGUUCAGGCCUUUUUGUAUAGCGACUGGGAUGCCACUUCCUAAAUCUGAAGAAUUUAAACUUUUGAAGCAAGACGGAACUGUCCUAAGGCCUGCCCUAAUUGUUACCAGUAAUCGCUCUGAAGCCAUGUUUACAAUUAAUCGAAUCCAGCCCCGUGACACAGGAACCUGGGUCUGCAGUGUGCAGACAGUAGCAGGAAUGGCAGAGAAACCAUUUCAAGUUACAGUCAAAGUUCCUCCUGUGCCACAGUAUGCCCCAAGGCUGACAGACAGUGGACAUAAUUUUCUCAUAAUUGAUAUCAAUGCUGAGUUACAUCUUGGAGAUGGACCUGUUGUGUCAACAAAACUCCUGUACAAGCCAGCAAAACGUUACCAGUCCUGGAUGUCUGUGGAAGUAAAAGGCACAACUAAAAGACUGGACAAUCUGGAGCCAAAAACGGAGUAUCAGUUUUGUGUUCAGCUGAGUCGGCAAGGGGAAGGAGGGGAAGGCCAUCCUGGGCCACAAGCUAGCUUCACGACAGCUGCGCUUGGUCUUCCUCCACCAGAAGGUCUCACUCUCUUUCCAAAAAGUAUGACAUCCCUGAAUCUGUCAUGGCAUCCUUUAACACUGAGGACAGAGGAUGAUAUUCGUGUUGAAGUGGAAAGGAAAAGCGUGAAUGACAACGGUGAUGAGAGCAGUGUCAUUACUCAAGUGCCAGGAAAUAUGUCCACACUGAUCAUUAAAGAUCUUGAGCCUAGACAGCAAUAUAUGUGCAGGGUACGGGUGAACACCAGAUCCCAAGGAGAAUGGAGCAACUAUCUGUAUGCAUGGACUUUCAGUGACAGAAUCCCUCCCGCACCAUACAACAUCAGGUUUUCUAACACCACAGACACAUCCUCAGUCAUCUCUUGGACAACUGCUGAGGGUCAUUCCAUCUCCUCCAUCAUCAUCAGCUACAAAAUUUAUGGGAAGGCUGAGUACAACCACAUCGACAUUAUCAUAAAGAACACCAGCAUUACUCAAUACCAUCUCAAGGGCCUUGAGCCAAACACUGUGUACCAGGUUCAGAUUAAUGCUCAGAAUAAUAUUGGCCUGAGCAACCCAAACACAUCGUUUGAACUGAAGACUCUUCCGGAAACUAAAGCUCCGUAUGAAUCUAAAGGAGGCAAAAUGCUGCUUAUUGCUAUCCUUGGCUCUGCAGGGAUGACCUGUGUAACAAUCCUCCUGGCCUUUCUCAUUAUGCUGCAGUUAAAGCGAGCCAACUUCCAGCGUCGAAUGGCUCAGGCUUUCCAAAAUGUGGUGAGGGAAGAGCCAGCUGUACAGUUUAACUCAGGUACUCUCACCCUGAGCAGGAAAGCCAAAAACAGCCCAGAUCCCACUAUUUAUCCAGUCCUUGAGUGGAAUGACAUAAAAUUUCAAGAUGUGAUUGGGGAAGGUAACUUUGGGCAAGUCCUGAAAGCACGCAUUAAGAAAGAUGGCUUACGCAUGGAUGCUGCGAUUAAAAGGAUGAAAGACUACGCCUCAAAAGAUGACCACAGAGACUUUGCUGGAGAACUUGAAGUUCUUUGUAAACUUGGUCAUCAUCCCAACAUCAUAAAUCUUUUGGGAGCAUGUGAACAUCGAGGAUAUCUUUAUCUUGCUAUUGAAUAUGCCCCCCAUGGAAAUCUACUGGACUUCCUUCGGAAAAGCAGAGUUCUGGAGACAGACCCAGCAUUUGCUAUUGCCAACAGUACUGCCUCUACACUUUCCUCUCAGCAACUUCUCCAUUUUGCAGCAGACGUCGCUAGAGGAAUGGACUACUUGAGCCAGAAACAGUUUAUUCAUCGAGAUUUGGCAGCAAGAAACAUCUUGGUUGGAGAAAAUUAUGUUGCAAAAAUAGCUGACUUUGGCUUAUCAAGAGGUCAAGAAGUUUAUGUUAAGAAGACCAUGGGACGGCUUCCAGUGCGAUGGAUGGCAAUUGAAUCUUUGAAUUACAGUGUUUACACCACAAACAGUGAUGUAUGGUCAUACGGUGUCCUGUUAUGGGAAAUUGUUAGUUUAGGUGGAACACCAUAUUGUGGAAUGACAUGUGCAGAACUCUAUGAAAAACUGCCUCAAGGGUACAGACUGGAAAAGCCUCUCAACUGUGAUGACGAAGUGUAUGACUUAAUGAGACAGUGCUGGAGAGAGAAACCAUAUGAAAGACCAUCAUUUGCUCAGAUAUUGGUGUCACUGAACAGGAUGUUAGAAGAAAGGAAGACCUAUGUGAAUACUACCUUAUAUGAGAAGUUUACUUAUGCAGGCAUUGAUUGCUCCGCUGAAGAAGCUGCUUAAGACAGGAGAAAUCUUCAUUCAUCAAUUAUGUAUUGAAAAAACACAGAGCUCUGUCUGCUGGAGCCCAAAAUAUCAUGUGCUGUGUAGAACUGUGUAUAGCUUUAACUGUAUAUAAUACAGUAAUACUGUCUUACUACAGAUAUGUAUGUGUACAUCACCCUGUAACCUCUGCCUCCACAGGCUGUAGAAGUGUAUAUACUGUGCAGAGUAGGAAUAGACUGAAGUCAUGACAUCUGCUGUUUCAUAUGUAGGGCUUUCUUUUUUUCUUAGUCAUGUAGAUAUGGUGUAUACAUACAUAUUGUAAUGCAUUAGGUUUUGCCAUCUUAAAUAUUUUUGAUACUUUCCAAGAGCUACUUAUAGCAAAGUGGGGAUCUUAUAGCAGUAUUUCCAAGAGCUACUGAUAGCAAAGUGGGGAUAUUAUAGCAGUAUUUCAUAGACAUUUCAUUGUGCUUCAAACAAAAAUGCUGAGCUCAAUGCAACAGUUGGAGUUGCAAGCAGAUGUCAAUCCAGUAUGUUUACCAAGGAUAAUUAAGAUUCUUAUUUGAAUAUUAAAGUGAGCUAGUCAAAACAA